GCCCUCCCCGGGCGGAAGUGAGGCCAUUGGCCCCGCCCCGCGUCCCAUACCUCGCGAGACUUCGCAAGAGCCUCCCUCUUGCAACUCGGCCGCCAACAUGCCAUCCAGACUGAGGAAGACCCGCAAACUUCGGGGCCACGUGAGCCACGGUCACGGCCGCAUUGGCAAGCACAGGAAGCACCCGGGGGGCCGCGGGAAUGCUGGCCUGCAUCAUCACAGGAUCAACUUCGACAAAUAUCACCCAGGUUACUUUGGGAAAGUUGGUAUGAGGCAUUACCACUUGAAGAGGAACCAGAGCUUCUGCCCAACUGUCAACCUUGAUAAACUGUGGACCCUGGUCAGUGAGCAGACACGGGUGAAUGCUGCCAAAAGCAAGACUGGAGUUGCUCCCAUCAUUGAUGUGGUGCGAUCGGGCUACUACAAAGUUCUGGGGAAGGGAAAGCUCCCAAAGCAGCCUGUCAUUGUGAAGGCCAAGUUCUUCAGCAGAAGAGCCGAGGAGAAGAUUAAGGGUGUUGGUGGGGCCUGUGUCCUGGUAGCUUGAAGCUACAUGGAGGGGAGUUCAUUAAAAUGUCCAAGUACUUUUGUCUUCU